AUGGCGGAUAAAGGCCUGCCUCAGAAACGCGUCUCGAGAGCAUGUACCUACUGUCGUGCCCGAAAGAGCCGCUGCGAUCUUGACGCUUCCGGCGGCCAACCACCUUGCGGGCGAUGCGUGAAAGAGAACAGAGAGUGCGUAUUAGCGACCUCUAAUCGCGGUGGCUCGCGCGUGCGCAAGAAAAAGGCCACGGAUGGAAACGUCUCGGGUAGCCAUUUGCACCUAGGCGUCAUACAAGAGGAUGGUGACCCCAGCACAUCGCAUUCUGCAACACUGCAGACAUCGCCUUCCUUCCAACGUCCACUGCCUCCUGCCAUAGCCACGCACGUCUCGGGCCGUCCGCGCCCACUCCCAUCCUCCACCAACCCCGAGCCAGACGAUGGCGACAAUGAAGAUGAUGAUGCCUCGACAGCGGACAGUGCCUUAGCCACUGCCAUUCCGCGCAACCCUUCCGACGCGUGGCAGCUGCUGAAGGACGUCGCUACACGAGAAGCUGAUGCCUUAAGAAGAGAAGCCAGCAACAAUGCUCAGCUAUCCGCAGGCAAUGGCUCGUCCUCUGACGACCGUCGCGAGGCCCGCGGCUCCGUGAAUGGGAUACAUGCCGGCAUUGCAUCCUAUCGCCUGGUCCGCGAAGGCUACUUGCCCGUUGAUGUGAUUCAGAUGCUCGUGCGUCGGUACUCUGAGCAUUACCACCCCUAUCUGCCUCUGGUUCCACGGAAAUACUUCCAACCCAGCCAACUAGACGCUUUUGCCAUCAGUAACAAGCAUCUUCUGACCGCCGUGCUCACCAUUUCGUCCAAAGACCUCAUCGAGCAGCCCAAUAUCCACACCUGCUGCUCACGCUACAUGCACGAUCUGAUCUCCGGCAUCGCAGCAGGCGCUGACUGCGAGGUCGAGGCGGUGGAAGCCCUCCUGCUGCUAGCUGAAUGGGAGCCGCAGGGCCUGCGUAACCGCAUCGAAGCCGUUGGCCGUGGUGAAGAGGAUCGGGCGGCCUGGAUGCACGUUGGGAUAGCGCUGCGCUCGGCCUACUUCCUGGGCAUUGAUCGCACCUCCUUUCGCACCGAAGAUCCGGACACCGACACCUCGGAUCAUGACCGCAAACGCUUUGCAUGGGCCUCAUGCUACGUCUCGGACCGCCUCAUUAGCGUGCGUGUAGGUCGCGCCUUCUGGUCUCGAGGUCCAGGACCCAUGACCGGGCUGUCGUCCCGAGAUUUCCCAUCGCUAGCUCCGCAAGCACCCAGCGACGAGGACCACGCGAAGAUCUUCCAGGCCACGCUUGACCUUACGCAACUCUAUACAAACGUUCAUGAUGUGCUCUACAGCGGUAUGCGUACAUCAGGACAAAUGAUGCUGAUGGGCGAUUAUGUGAAGUAUGUGGACGACUUCCGUGCCGCUAUCGCCCGUUGGAACACUUCCUGGGGCCCAUUGGCAUGUUCGCAUCAUAUCAAAUGCACACUUCAGCUCUCGUAUGAAUACUUGGUCCUGUAUACCAAUGCUUUCGUUUUCCAGGCUGCCAUCAGCCAGGCUAUUGCGAGGCAUACCAAGCAUCCGCCUCCAGGCGCCACGACGACAGCCACUCCCUCGGCCAGCCAUACCAACUCCGACCCUAGCGUCACACUACGCGAUCAUCUCAAGUCAACAUUCUCGUGCGUCGCGAGCAUGCCCGACGCGCGCUUUAUCUUCUCGUCACUCGCGGCUGCAAAAGCGUACCUGACAUUGCUCUCUACGCAGAUCGACCCUGCGCGGCACCUCCGUUACCUGCCGCUACGCUACUACCUGUAUGGCAUCUACAGUGCGGUGUUCCUGUACAAGGCGCGCAGCUUUGGCGUUAUGGACGCCUUAGAGGAGCGUCAGGUGCGACAGCUGGUAUACCAGACUACCGAGGUACUGAAACGAGCCAGUGUCAGCGCUCAGGAUCCGGGCAGUAGGUAUGCCAGACUGCUGGAGCUGCUGUGGCUGAAGUCGGCGCCGUCGGUGCCUAGAACGGCAGAGCGGCAUCAUCAGGUGCAAUCGCAGGGGCCAAUGCCAGGCCAGGCACAGCCAAGCAUGAGUUCCCCUGCUGAGGCCAGCGAUACGGGGCUCUCGAGCACGGGGAGCUUGAGGAUGGAUGCGCACGGAUUCAUGCAAUUUAGCCCAGCCAACGACUUCAGCUGGUUGGAUCUGGAGGCCGUCGGGGACUUCGUCAGCGGUGACCAGAUGGGCGGAAUGCCGCCGAACCUUGGUGAAUAUACCAGCGGUGGUUAUGGGAUGGACCAGGGUGCGAUGGGCUGGGCACAGGGUGCUGGCGUUGGGGCCGGGGUAGGGCCUGGUGGUGCUGCGGGAGGAUGGCAAUUUGAUCUGAACGGCAACUUGCUGUUCUGA